AUGAAAAGGCCAGGGGUCAUGGAGGAGCCUUCGCCGAAGACCAGCCGCCAUAACAUGCAGGCGUCGCAGAAUGUGGCCGAGGCAAGUGCGGCAAGUGGGUCGAAGAAUGCGGCGGAGGCAAGCGCGGCAAGUGGGUCGACGAAUGAGGCCGAGGUGCAGGCGUCGCAGUGGGAUGUUCCUCCGCAGAGACCGUCCUGGGCAAGGGUGGGUGAUGGAGCACCUGUUAAGCCUGGUGCGGUGGAAGUCGCUCAGCUCCACGAGGACAGGUGGAUUUGCACGAUGGACAUAGAUCUGAACAGCAGCGUGGACAGCAUGCUUCAGGAGUUGAAAUCUACAGGAUGCGCUCGGGGUUUCCGCUAUGAAGUGGUGGGCGUGGCAGUGUCAGUCAAAGAAGUGCCUGAGACGGCUACGGCUAUGGCUACGGUGGAGGCAGUGGAGGCCGACCGUCGCAGUAGCUGA